AGUAACAAGUAUAACGAUGUUCUUAAUGUGACUGUACAUAAAGAGGGGACUUGUGCACAUCUGGCCAUAGUAAUUAAUAACUCUUAUCUGGAGCAGCCAGUUGUGAAAAGACUACUGGCCCGUUGACGUGUCGCCGAACCUUGAAAGAAAUGUCGAUCACAAUUGAAAAAGUUGUCGAUGCUGUCGAACUAGGCGAAGGUCCUCAUUGGGAUGUGACAAGUCAAAAGCUCUAUUACGUUGAUAUCAAUGGUCAGAAAAUUAUGAGAUUGGAUCCUACCACUGGAAAAGUCAAUUACGCUUACAUGAAGGAUGGACAUGUCGGUGUAGUUGUCCCAGUCGAGGGUACUAAAGAUAAGCUUAUUGCCGGCGUUGGCAGAAACGUCGUACUAGUGUCGUGGGACGGCGAAAGUAACAAUGACAACCCACCGAUUAAAGUAUUGGCAUCUUUAGACACUGACCGCACUGACACAAGGAUCAAUGAUGGAAAGUGCGACCCCGCUGGUCGUUUCUGGGCUGGAACCAUGGGUUUGGAGGUGAACAGCACUAUUGAGCCAAACAGAGGAGCUCUGUACUUAAUAGAUUCAGAUAGCAGUGUGAAAAAAGUACUUUCACCAGUUUCCAUCAGUAAUGGGUUAACGUGGAAUUUGCAAAAAGAUGUUAUGUAUUACAUUGACUCUAUGACACGUCAAGUUUCGGCUUAUGAUUAUAAUAACGCUGAUGGAUCAAUAACUAAUAAGCGAGUUAUAUUCGACAUAAAGAGCAAUAACAUCGAAGGAUUACCCGAUGGUAUGACCAAUGAUGCUGAUGGAAAUUUAUGGGUUGCCCUAUUCAAUGGAAAAGCUGUAAUUCAAAUCGAUCCUAAAAGAGGAAAACUACUCCGAAAAAUAGAGUUACCUGUUGACAGAAUUACUAGUGUAGCUUUUGGUGGCCCGCAACUAGACACUCUAUACGUAACGUCCGCUUAUGUUGGAAUGACAGCUGAACAAAGAAAAUUAAAGCCAGAUUCCGGUGCCUUAUACAGUAUCAAAGGUCUUGGAGUUAAAGGCUGUCCUCCUAACAAUUUUAAAUAUCAUAUUUUACAAUAACAGUAUUCUUAUAAUGUUUUUUCGUUUGAUGAAUAUAUUUUGAAGUUUUUUUCCA